AUGAGGUUGGUGGCCAUGAAGCUCCUAAUCCUUGUUAUGGCAUGUUACUGCGCCAACGGAUUUCCGCAAGAACCUCCGAAGUCAAGGAACACAAUCUUUGGAGACGAGCAACUACAAGGAGAAAUCUUUGAAAAUUAUGGUGCAGUCGCAUUUGACGAUGAAGCAGCGGCGGCAUACAGACUUCCCACUACCACUAGGCCUACCCAUUACAAUCUUCUUUGGAUCAUGGACUUCACAUCUGAUCCACAAUCUUUCAGUGGCAUAGUUGACAUUCAAUUACAAGCAACUGAAGCCGGAGUUAACCAGAUCGUUAUCCACUCUGAUGACCUAAAUAUCGGCUUUGUAACUCUAUUACAAGGCACUACGUCUGUUCCUGUUACGUUUGAGGAGGAACCUGCCUUCCAUUUCCUUAGGAUCAACCUCAGCGCCGGUACUCUUGCUUAUGAUGCCACAAAUCCUGUGACUUACACUUUGACCAUCACUUUUAGGGCUGAGAUGCGUGAAGAUAUGACCGGUAUUUACAAGAGUUGGUUCAGAAACGACUAUAACGAUGAAGUUAGCUGGAUGGCAAGUACACAUUUCCAGGCGACGGCAGCUCGCAGAGCAUUCCCUUGUUACGAUGAGCCCAACUUGAAGGCUACAUUUGACAUUACUAUUCGACGGCCAACCUCGUACGGUAGCUGGUCGUUAAUGCGUCGUGCUUCAACCGUUGAUGUCACUGGGACUCCUGGCUUCCAAGAUGACAUCUACCACAGAACACCUAUAAUGUCUACUUAUCUUUUGGCCAUGAUUGUCGCUGAAUAUGACAGCCUAACUGUUACCAAUGACAACAACGAACUAAUAUAUGAAGUUAUUGCCCGUCCAAACGCUCUUUCCACUGACCAGGGACAGUACGCUUUAGAAGUGGGUCAGGAGUUGUUGGCUGAGAUGAAUAAUCACACUAACUAUAACUUCUACACCAUGAAUGAAAAUAUGAAGAUGACCCAGGCUGCUAUCCCUGACUUCUCCGCUGGUGCUAUGGAGAACUGGGGGCUCCUUGUUUACAGGGAGGCCUACCUCAUGUACGAUCCUGCACACACCACCAGCAAUUACAAGCAGCUAAUCGCCUACAUCUUAUCUCAUGAAAUCGCUCACAUGUGGUUCGGCAAUUUGGUCACUUGCAACUGGUGGGGUGAUUUUUGGCUGAAUGAGGGUUUUGCCAGAUACUACCAAUAUUUUCUUACUGACUGGGUCGAAGAUUACAUGGGUUUGGAAACCAGAUUUAUAACAGAGCAAGUCCACACCGCGUUGCUCAGCGACUCUGUGGCCAGCGCUCACCGUUUGUCCGAAACUGGCAUCGGCGACCCGGUGCAGAUCAGAACCAUGUUCUCAACUCUGUCGUACAACAAGGGCGCCGCAGUUAUCAGGAUGACUGAGCAUCUUCUUGGCCAUGAUGUUCAUAGAGCCGGUCUGAGGAAUUACCUGAUUAAUAGGCAAUUUAACACUGCUGUCCCGAUGGACCUCUUCACUGCUUUAGAAGAGGCUACCCAAGCAACUGGUGCUCUUGCAGAGUACGGACCCGACUUUUCUUUGGUUGAAUAUUACCGUUCCUUUACCUAUCAAGCCGGACACCCAAUACUUUACGUGCAGGUUGACCAUCAAACUGGUGAUAUGACUAUUCAUCAGCGCCGAUUUGACCUCAACACCGGCUAUUCCGACAUUAACUCACAGUGGAUCAUCCCGAUUAGUUUCUCCAGCGCCAGCGAUCCUGACUUCAGCAACACCAAACCCUCGCACAUUAUCCGUAAGGCGGUCACUGUCAUCAACCGCGGUUCCGUCGGCGACGAGUGGGUGCUGUUCAACAAACAACAAACUGGUUUCUACCGCGUAAUUUAUGAUGACUACACUUGGGAUCUUAUUACUAUUGCCUUAAGAGGAGAGGCAAGAACACAGAUUCACCAAUACAACAAGGCUCAGGUCGUCAACGAUGUCUUCCAAUACGCACGUUCUGGCAUCAUGAGCUACACCAAGGCCCUCAACAUCCUCUCAUUCUUAGAGUUCGAGACGGACUACGCUCCUUGGGUGGCUGCCAUGACUGGCUUUACCUGGCUCAGGAACAGGCUGACUGGCACCAUCUACCUGGAACCACUUGAGGCUGUGAUCGCUCAAUGGGCCACUACAGUCAUGACAGACCUUACCUACUACCCAACUUCAGACAACGAAGAGUUUAUGAGAUCCUACCUUCGCUGGCAACUGGCUCCUAUUAUGUGCCAGAUCAACAGAGAUGGCUGUCGUGCUGCUGCGGUCGCACAGUUCAACGCAUUAAUGUCUGGUGUUGAAGUGUAUCCCGAUAAUCGAGAUUAUGUAUACUGUAACGCUCUUCGUGAAGGCACCGCGGAACAUUUUAACUUCUUGCGCGAUCGCUUUAUCCAGCACAACGUGUACACUGAGAAAAUCCUCAUUAUACAAACUCUUGGCUGUACUACUUCCGCUGAUUCUCUUAACCAGUUCCUUACUGACAUCUUCACUGAUAACCAAAUGAUUCGAAGUCAAGACUACACCACCGCUUUGAACUCCGCUGCUACUGGAAACGAAGCCAAUACACAAAUAAUAUUCACCUUCAUCCAAAACCACUACGAUUUAGUCGCCAAUGCAUUCGCCGAUAUUGCUACUCCUUUGUCUUACGUGUCAAGUAGAUUGAGAUCUGAAGAUGAAAUUGUUGCGUUCCAACAAUGGGCGACCCAAAACCAGGCUCUCCUGGGCACAUCGUAUCAGAGCGUGAUGAACGGAGCCGAGUCCGCCAGACAGUCCAUACAGUGGACCACCGGCAUUGUCGCCGACGUCAACAACUUCCUCACAACAGGCUACCAGCCUGUGGUCACCACCACCCAGCCACCGCCUACGGAUCCUCCCACGCCGGAUCUUGAGCUCAGACCAGAACUCACUCAGCCAGAAACUCCUGAGCUCCCUGAUUCUGCUGUCACCACAUUUUUAUCCGUUUGUGUUAUAUUUAUGGCUGCCAUUUUCAAUUACAUUCUAUAG